AUGAAAGAAAACCCAAAGCCUGGUUUUCAAGUCCUCACAUUCAUUAACUCUGAUCUGAAAAUCCGUGAUUACAAAAAGCAAAGACAGCAUAGGAAAUCCAGAUCUGGCUGCCGUCCAUGCAAGGACAAAAAGGUCAAGUGCGACGAGUGCAAGCCAGUAUGCCUCCGAUGUCGACGAAAUGAGAGAGCAUGCACAUAUGACAUGCCUGAUGAGGGCUUAUAUCAACACCAUAUUUCGGGGAGUGUUACGAAUACAAAGCUCUCGCCAAUGAGUUCAAUAACUACUCUAUACCCAAGUCCCAAAACCGGAACCCCUGGUAUCCAACUCCUGCACCACCUCUGCACAAACUGGGAUGCCAUAUUCCGCAUGCCAGGUCACGACGAGCUAGUCCCUCUCACACAAUCCAAUCCCCUCAUCCGCAACACAUUCCUCGCCAUCGCCGCAAGCCACCUCCGGCAUAUGUCUCCAGGAAUAUUGCAGCAUCGCAUCGCAGAGCAUUUCUUCCAGUCUCUAGCUAUCCAGGAUUUCCAAGUCGCUCUUGGCACGCCAAGUAAGUCUCUAGGACAGCAAGGGGCAAACGCCCUGCUACUGGCUGCACUACUGUUGAACAUGCUUGCUUUCACACUUCCGCAUCGCGAUGAUGAUGGCGUUGAGGAUGAGGAUGAGGAUGAUCCGAAAUCAUCUUGGGUGUUCGGCUUGGGAGGAGAACGCAUGGGAUGGCUGGCUCUACAAGCUGGUUUGAGACCGCUCUCGAAUUCGUUGUCAGCGUACACGGAUCGGACGGUAGCGUUUCUAAACCCUAUCAUGUUCGGUCCUGGCAAAGCCGGGUGGAGGGAGUUCCGGAAAUUCCAAACCUUGGAUAUCGUUCCUGAGACUUGGAUCCGGGCUUUCAAAUUGAAGCGCGAUAGAAGCAAUAAUCUCAGUAGUGAUUCUGGUUCCAACUGCUGCGCUGAAGACGAGAAUGAGAUUUUCGGACCGGCAAUGAUGACGCUUGCCUAUCUGAGGAGUCUUCAACCGCCAGAAUCGAUGAUUCUCGUCAAUUGGGUGUUUCUCACCAAGAUACAUGGAGGACUGAAAUCUCUCCUGUACGAAAGGGAUGAGAGGGCGUUGUGGCUGCUUGGGUACUGGCUGGGACUGAUGUGUCGGUAUGAAGGAACGUGGUGGUGUGAGAGGCGGGUUAGGAGAGACUAUGAGGCGGUACGAUUGCGGCUUUGGGAAUUGCAGCUCGGUGAACGGGCUGGUGCUGAGGGGGUUUGGUGGAGGGAGUUGAUGCAGGAGUUGGAAGACGCGCCUGGGCUUACAUGA